AUGCCGACAGUAGGAGGUUGUGUGGACAUCAGUGGUGGUAGAGAUGGUGGAAACGAAGUUGAUGGUGAUGAAGAUCUGGAGCCAACCAGAGCUUGUGGAUCUAAUGGCGGUGGUUCACCGGUGGUAGGAGGCGGCGACGGUUCGCCAAGGGCAGGAGGUGGCGACACUACGACGGUGUCGCUGGUGGCAACCGGUGAUAAUGUUUGUUUGUUCUUCAAGUUUGAGAUGAGAGAGAAGAUAUUCAUGUGA